AUGGGCUAUAAUUGUAAGACUCCUUGGGAAGUAGCUGAACUGGAAAAACAAAGCAGUCCUCGCUUUACUCAAAUUACGGUGUCUAGCAGCUUAAGAGUACCUCAGGCUACAGGAUAUUGUUCAGUAGACUUAAAGCUUGGCAAUUCUGGUGAUUUCAAGGACAAGUUAUUGGACAAGUAUAAGGAUCUUGGGGGCUCUUUAAUGGAAUCAUCUUCAUCUGGAUCAUCAAAGAGAGCUAGGACACCUAACAAUGCAACCCAAGUCCCCUCAUGCUUGGUUGAUGGAUGCACUUCAGACCUUAGCAAAUGCAGGGAUUACCAUCGGAGACAUAAAGUCUGUGAGUUCCACUCCAAGUCCUCUGAGGUUUUUAUUAAAGGUCAGGAACAGCGGUUCUGCCAGCAGUGCAGCAGGUUCCAUUCGUUGGGGGAGUUUGAUGAGGGAAAGAGAAGCUGCAGAAAACGCCUUGAUGGACAUAACCGGCGUCGAAGGAAGCCUCAGCCAGAUUCACUUUCAGUAAAUUCUGCAAGGGUAUUUUCCAACCAAGGUACUAGAUAUCUACAAUUUGGUGGCUCUCAAAUAUUUUCAACCAGUGCUGCGAGCACUGUUUGGACCGGAGCUGCAAAAGCUGAGAGUGAGCCAAUGCUUUAUGCUAGUCAAUCCUCGAUGAAUUUCAAUGGUAGAAAAAAUCUUCUUCCUGUUUCCUUGUCUCCCAACUAUAAAGGAGGAAAGCAGUUCCCUUUCUUACAAGGCACUAGUUCCACACUUCUUGGGGAUUCUGUCCGUCUCAAUGCCAAUUCCACAUUAGGAAACAGUGGCAACAGCCAAAAAAUGUUCUCUGCUGGGUUAAUAAACCGAGUCAUUGACUCCGACCGUGCUCUCUCUCUUCUGUCAUCACCACCAUCUGAGACUCGGGAAAUUGAUUUCAGUCACGUAGUGCAACCUGACCUGAACCCUGCUGCUCAUUCCUUGAUCCCAAGCUUGAGCUAUAAUGCCCUUGAAUUGGAAAGUGAGCCAGCACGAUCUGUUUUGGUAUCUUCUGAUGGGAGCAGCAACGCCAACCUCCAUGGUCAGCAUAUGUUUCAGAAUGGACCUGAUGGGUCAUCUGCAAGUGGAUCUCAUCAGACACUUUCCUUCUCCUGGGAGUAG